UUGCGACAUAGCAUUCACACACACACUUGCACCAUGAUGUUUUCUAGCGUUUGCCUCAUUCACAAGUGAUCGGUGUAAGGCUUCAGUUGUUCAACUACAUAGUGUACAAGGGUAUGGUAUUCCUAGCAUCAAGUUUGGACUUUACAUUCGUGGUAAUUGUGAUAGCCUUCAUCAAUGCGGUCAAAGGGGACAUCGAUCAAACUUUGACAGCGACCAAGGAGGCAAAAUUUCUGACAUCGCCGGGCUACCCACUGGGGUACCAGAACAACUUAAAAUGUAAAUGGGAAAUUGUCGGGCCCCCGAACAGCAAACUGAAAGUGAAGAUCCUCAGCAGUGACAUCGGCCGGCAAGUGACCUGUGAAGGAGACUACGUCCAGGUGCUUGAUGGAAGCACGACCAACACUUUUUGUUACUUUGAAACACCGUCAUACACAAGUAGCGGCUCCACCAUCACAAUCAGGUUUAUAUCUGAUGGAUCAGGAACUAGUAAGGGUUUCCGGCUGCAGUACUACUAUAUAGACUCACAGACGGAUAACUCGCUAAUGUACGGAAUUUUGAUAAUGGUAGGUGUGGUUGUAUUCUUCGUUCUUCUUUACACGACUUCCACAAAAUGUUCAAGGAAGAGCCCCGAGAGGAGAAGUCAGCUUGAAACCCGGCAUCAAAAUCAGCACGCAGAGAUGCAGACUGUGACUGUGGCUCCGAACACUAAUAAUACGGAGUUGUUUGCCCCACCUCCGACAUACAACGACAAUGUUAAUAGCAACAACAUGAGCAAUAACAAAGACAAUGUGAAUGACACGUCACCACCGCCUUAUUCAUCAUUACGCAUAUCGGAUACAAUUGUACACAUACAUGGAAGUGCAAGGAGUGAGGAGACUCAGUAGACCAGUCUCAUCGGAAAAGCCUAUUACAGUGGAAUAUAUCUGAGUGUUACUAUUUAGCAUAGUUGCUCAUGCUAUCACUCAAUGUUUUUGUGCGUGAGAAAAUCGAUUACAUACAGGCCGUCGCGAUACAGCUGCAAAAGUGCGGACAACGGCGUAACACAACAGUCGGGUAAUCUUAUUUAUUGGCAUUGAUCCACAUGAAUGAAUGAAUGAAUGAAUGAAUGAAUGAAUGAAUGAAUGAACGGAUGAAUGAAUGAAUGAAUGAAUGAAUGAAUGAAUCCAAUUUGUAUAGGUUGUAAUCAUGUGCGACCUUGAUUAUGUUUAUGACUGACAAUUGCAUUUAUCUUUAUAUACAUUUUGUAUCUUGACAAGAGUUGAA